AUGGACGGUGGCCAGACCUCGACCAGCGCCGCCCCCGCGGGCAACUCCAGCGAUUUUGUACGGAAACUCUACAAAAUGCUGGAGGAUCCAUCGUACGCGGAAAUUGUGCGGUGGGGCGACGAAGGAGACAGUUUUGUAGUCUUGGAGUGUGAAAAAUUUACCAAGACUAUCCUCCCAAAACACUUCAAACACAGUAACUUCGCCAGUUUUGUACGACAGCUGAACAAAUACGAUUUUCACAAAGUGAGGCAGAAUAAUGAGGAGAAUGGACAGUCGCCAUACGGUCAGAAUGCUUGGGAAUUCAAGCAUCCGGAGUUCAGAGCGAACAGCAAGGAGUCACUCGAUAAUAUCCGACGGAAGGCCCCGGCUCCGCGCAAACAGACCCAGAGCACCGACGACUCGGUUCCAACACAACAAAUAGAUUUGCUGAACCAGCAGAUUGUGGCACAACAACAACAAAUCCAGCACCUGUCCGACCGGUACGCACAGCUGACUGUUGACCACCAGCUGAUGCUACAGGAGGUGUUGAGGGUGCAGAAAACCGUUCUCAACCAUGAAAACGUUAUCCACCAGGUCAUGACUUACUUGCUUUCUGUUGAUGCCCGUCAAAGGCGUGACAGCAAAGCGACUGCGCCUUUCCAGGCGCAGGGUCAAGCAGGCUCGACCUUGAGCCCUUCACAGGUCGCGUCGAUGGACGAUGAGCCAUCGUCACCCUUGCAGCAUGCCUCGAAACUUCUAAAUGAUAUGAAUGCCGAAAUCCAGUUCAACUUGGCUGGUCUGGAGUCGAUGGGUGAGCCACCGAAGACGGCGGCGGUGGUUGCCACGCCUGCCCUAGAAGCUGCCCCUCGUAAUGGUGUUGCGCGCCCCCCGCCAGCAGCCACCAAUCCAAAUGCUGCCAUGGUCUAUUCGAAGAUCAACGGUGACAUCGAACCCGUCGUUUACCCCGUAGGCGCCACUAACGGCAUCGAUCCGAUGUACAGUGAACACGUCAAUAAUGUCCCGUAUCCCAUGCCACCGAAACAAGAGCUCGAAGAAAGUCGCAGGCCGUUUUCCGACAAUAGGAAAAAGAGCGCGAAUGUGGAUCCCGGUUGGGUGCGCAGCCCGCAUAUCCUGCUUGUGGAGGACGAUGCAACGUGCCGUCAGAUCGGUGGGAAGUUCCUCUAUUCGUUCUCUUGCGUCAUUGACACCGCGUUUGAUGGCCUGGAAGCCGUAAACAAGAUACAGGAUGGCUCCAAAUAUGAUCUCAUUCUCAUGGACAUCAUUAUGCCCAACUUGGAUGGUGUCUCGGCCUGCCAUCUCAUCCGCCAAUUCGAUAGGACUCCCAUCAUUGCCAUGACUUCUAACAUUCGGAGUGACGAUAUCCAGCUCUACUUCCAGCAUGGGAUGGACGAUGUUCUUCCCAAACCCUUCACCAGAAAAAGUCUUCUGGAUAUGCUUGAGAAGCAUUUAGUUCAUUUGAAGACGAUUCCCCAAAGCAUGGAGGCUCCUCCAUCUGCAGCAGCCGCGGUUACGAUGGCUGCGCAGAGCUCGGCUGCCCAGUCGGUCAAGGAGGACAGUUCUCCUGGGCAAUCACCCGCGACAUCAAUGACUAACUGGCAAUCGCCGGGCCAGUUCCAAGGGAUGGCGACCGUGCCCCCUAACAUCCAGCAGGUCCAAAGUCAAUAUGUUCCUGCUGCCCCAGCUGCAGCUGCAUAUGCUGUAGACCAAAAUGGGGUUCAGUAUCCGACACCCGCCGUGGCGCUUACUACCGCGGCGCCUGCGGCCGCCAGGCCGCAACCCCGCCGGCAGCUCUCAGAAAUGUCCAGCGCCGCUGAGAACCCUAACAUGGCCAAACGACCGCGCAUGUAUUCCCACCAAGCACAGCCAAUGGUCAACCCCAUGCAGGCCACGCGAUCAGGCUAG